GCCCAUAGUGUGUCUGCGGGCCACAGUGUGAGAGUGAGCUUGACAUGCAAACACCAGGCAGAGAUUUUACUGAUCAAAGUGGUCACAACUUCUCAGUUGACAUGGUGGACACCCAGCAGCUCUUUGCCUGGCCUGUCGGUUUCAGUCUGAACGCCGUGGACCUGCCAGAGCUGGACGACAGCUCCCACUCCCUCGACAUGAAGCAUUUAUCCACGUUAGACUACGCCUCCAUCUCCUCCGCCUCCAUACAGUCCUCCUUGUCUCCCUCGCUUGUGUCCUCCAUCUCCUCUGCUGGUGUGACCUAUGACCCCAGCCCACCGCAGAACGAGGAACACCUGACCAACAUGGACUACACAAACAUGCACAGCUACAGGACGGAGCCAGACACACACAAUUUGAUCAAGCUGGAGCCAGAAUCGCCUCCAGGGUACUCUGAUAAUCCAGGCUUCUCCAAGGUCCAGGAGGAUUCGUCGCCGGCAGCAUUGAACAUCGAGUGUCGUGUGUGUGGAGACAAAGCUUCGGGGUUUCACUAUGGCGUCCACGCCUGUGAAGGCUGUAAGGGAUUUUUCAGACGCACAAUCCGGUUAAAGUUGGUGUACGAUCACUGUGAUCUCCACUGUCGCAUUCACAAGAAGUCCCGCAACAAAUGCCAAUACUGUCGCUUCCAGAAGUGCCUCAAUGUCGGCAUGUCACACAACGCUAUUCGUUUUGGCCGAAUGCCACAGGCGGAGAAGGAGAAACUGCUGGCUGAGUUCUCAUCUGACAUGGUGCACAUGCACCCAGAGGCAGCAGAUCUAAGGGCUCUGGCCCGGCAUCUGUACGAAGCCUAUCUGAAAUACUUCCCCCUCACCAAGGCCAAGGCCAGGGCCAUCCUCUCUGGGAAGAGCGGAGACAACGUGCCUUUUGUCAUCCAUGACUUGAAGUCUCUAAUGGAGGGGGAGCAGUUUAUUAAUUGUAGGCAGAUGCCAAUUCAGGAGCACCAGCAGCAGACAUCCGUCCUAACAGCCGGACACGGAGCUGUCACAGCAGGUCACCUGGGGUCAGAAAGCAACGUUUAUGGAAUGACGAACUUCGGUGGUGGACAGGAAACUCCAGACGCUUUAGAGCUGCGUUUCUUCUACAGCUGUCAGUCACGUUCGGCCGAAGCAGUGAGGGAAGUGACAGAGUUUGCAAAGAGUAUCCCAGGAUUCAUUGAUCUGGAUCUCAAUGAUCAGGUGACUUUGUUGAAGUACGGUGUGAUUGAGGUCUUAAUUAUCAUGAUGGCCCCUCUGAUGAACAAAGACGGGACCCUGAUCUCCUACGGACAGAUCUUCAUGACGCGGGAGUUCCUCAAGAGUCUCAGGAAACCUUUCUCUCAAAUGAUGGAACCAAAGUUUGAGUUCUCAGUCAAGUUCAACACGCUGGAGCUGGACGACAGCGACAUGGCGCUAUUUCUAGCUGUCAUUAUUCUCAGUGGGGACCGCCCAGGCCUGCUGAACGUGAAGCCCAUCGAGCAGCUUCAGGAGACGGUGCUCCACUCGCUGGAGCUGCAGCUGAAACUGAACCAUCCCGACUCGCUGCAACUGUUCGCCAAGCUGCUCCAGAAAAUGACCGACCUGCGUCAGAUCGUCACCGACCACGUCCACCUCAUCCAGCUGCUGAAGAAGACGGAGGUGGACAUGUGCUUACACCCACUGCUGCAGGAGAUCAUGAAGGACUUGUAUUAGAAUCCAACGAGAGAAAAGAACGAGAAAGAAGAAGUAGAGAGAGAGAGGAAAAAAAAGAGAAUAAAGAGAUUUUAUUUUUAAAAUCAUGGCUGGUGAAAUUGUAAUGAUGAAGCACUUUGUGCUGCCUGUGUGUUGAAAUAAAGGGAGGAUGCCAGACAGGCUGACUGAAAUUGAGAAAGCGAUGAGGAAGGACAGGAAAAAGAGAAAUCAGGGACAGAACGGCAGAUUCUAAGUGUUGGAUUUUGUCUAGACAGCAGCAUGUGUAUAACUUGAGCGCACAGUCAUACAGCCACUGCUGAGCCGGGACAUUUUUGUGAAUGAGUAGGCUGCCAAACCUGAAUACAAAACAUCCACCUAAAGCACCAAAACAGGAAGAGCAUCUGUGAAAAAAACUGACAAAGCGGGGACUUUCUUAUUGGUGAUCGCCGAAACAAAGCCUGCUCCAAGUGCCUGUAGGAGAAAAUCACUGUGAAUAUUUUUACACCACGUGUCACACAGCAGAGUUUGUGUUGUUCAUGUGCAGCUUAUCUACAUGUUGCGUUACAACCGUCAUAGGCAGCAGCAGUGUGUUCGUGCUUCGAUACCUCUGGACGCACACAAAUGCUUGAAUGCCUGCACGUACACAUGCAAAACAAUGCACAUGCAGACAGUCGUUUUCUGUUUUGGCAUCAGGGUGAAGGUGCUAUCUCUUUUUAAUCAGCUUUAUCCAAAGACAGAAAUCAGAUUAUUGCCUGUAACAUAUUUUAGUCUCAGCCACCUGCAGAAGCUGUGAGAAAGUAAACGCCAUAUUGUGCCUUUAAGAUUUCUUUGUGGAAUAAAUGCCAUUUUAGAUGUAUUACACAUGUAAAGUGUAUAAUAUAUAUUCAUGUAUUAUUGUCUGUCAGACUCACUUUUCAGCCUUGUUUUAUUUUGAAAAUCCUAAAAUGUGGUUGAGUUAUAAUUUGUACUAUGAAAUUAUUUUUUAUCUAUGCAAAGUGUCUACUAUGUCUAGUCAAUUGGGGAGGGGGGGUAAACUUGUAAAUAAAAUAUUUUCUAACUUUUUAUUUGA